GGCCGCUGUGCUGUCUAGCUGCAGUAGGAUUGGAGCAGAGAGAUCUCAAGCAGUGGCCAGAUACGAUGCCAGCGCCAAUGGUGGUACGGGGCGAAGGUUGAAGAUGGCGCGAGCAGAGUAGUCAAUAGGGCGUCCAGAAAGAGUGAAGCGAAUGCUGAGACAUUUCUAUCGAGCCGGACGGCCCCAGAUCGGGAGCAGCAGCACCGCAGUCAUCUGGCAGCGGCUGCCAGCGCAUGCGCAAGAGCAUUUUCCUGCCGCAGCCGGCGAUGGCAGCAAACAGGCCGAUAUCAAAGCCUCUCUCCAUGGUGAGUGUGACAAUCCGGCACAGGCUGCUGUAGGCGGCGGACGCCUUGCAAGCCCGACGCCCGGCCAAUUGGCAAAGGGACAAGGGGGGGAUGACCAACACAGUCCUACCGCUUUGUGGGCGGUGACUGGUGUGCCAGGCCCCGAGCGGGAGCGUGCAGCAACCCAUGCUGUAAGUGCCAGACGGAAAGGCCCGUUGCAAAAAACGCCGCCUUCAGGUGUCUGCCCGGGUUCCAUGCGUCCCAAGCCUUCUGGAAUCGCGCGCCCUGUGUUGCACCAUGGUGCCCAAGCACACGACCAUCAGGGGGGUUUGUGAGAGCGUGGCGCGAUAUUAAGCCGCGCCGCCAGUAACAAAGCGCACGCGCUGUUACACGCCGGCUUGCUCAUCGCAACAACCGCCGUUGUCCCUCUGCCUCACACGUGCGAGCUUUCUCCGCUUUUGGACGACAAUGGAGCUUGACUGUCCGG